AUGAACGCCAAUUGCACCAACCACAGCAGUACGGUUGACGUGGCCUUCGCUAGCAUCUACUCGCUGGUCUUUGUGGUGGGCCUCCCCCUGAACGUGGCUGCCCUGUGGAUCUUCUUCUUCGGUGGGGCCCUACGGUCUGUCACCACCGUCUACAUGAAGAACCUGGCAGCCUCGGACCUGUUGCUGCUGGCAUCCUUGCCGCUGAGGGUGUAUUACUACAGCAAGAGGCCCCGGCUGACCCAAACUGUUUGCGAAAUGGCUGGGCUGCUACUCCUGGUCAACAUGUACAGCAGCAUCUUCCUGCUGACCUGCAUCAGCUGCGACCGCUGCGUGGCGGUGUGCUUCCCACUCAACUCCCGAGCCCGAGCCUUGCGCCAGCAAGCCAAGUACAUCUGUGCGGGCGUGUGGACCCUGAGCGUCCUGGGUGCUGUCCCCUGCUACCUUGGACGCAAGACAGGGUGGGAAAACGACACACUGUGCUUUGACAGCCGCCCUCAGUAUAUCAUGAACCCCCACAUUUGCAGCGCCAUGAUGCUCGGCUACGCUGUGCCCUUGGUCAUCAUGGUGACUUGCUCUUGCGCCCUGCUGCGGGCCAUGAACCAGAGCAUGGUUGUCCAGAUGGAGCUGGUCAACGGCGCCAAGAUCCGGCACAUGGUGGUGACCAACGUGGUCAUUUUCCUGGGCUGCUUCCUGCCCUACCACUUGGUGGUGCUUUGCUAUCAAGUGCAAGCACUGAACAAGGACCACUGGGAUGUGGUGUACCGCUGUGCCCUGCUCCUGGCCUGUGCCAAUGCCGCUCUGGACCCUGUGGCAUAUUACUUUGCCACAGAGACCUUUCAGCACUUGGUGACAAUGGACAACCUCCUUCAGGGUUGGGGCAGCCAUAAUAACAAUGCUGGCGAGACAGAGCAGCUCUCCCAGCCCCCGGGGGCACAGCACCAGCCUGCCUUGCCCACUCCUGUUUUUGAUGCUCCAUCAGGCGUCGGGGCACCAGCCUUUGAAGGGGCAUCAACUACUGGGCCGGGCCAGUGA